CAGACCCUGGCAGGUCUGUCUAGCACCAUCAGUCGGCAGACACCGACGUGGCCACCUCCACUCCGAGGCGAGAUCGGGACUCUCCUGAAUCAACCCGCACGAAAAUUCCCCGACCCCCAAACACCACCACCACACCAGGACGGCGGCGGCUGCGGCAGGAUGGGCGUGGACUACUACAAGGUGCUGCAGGUGGAGCGCGGCGCCUCUGACGACGAGCUCAAGAAGGCGUACCGGAAGCUGGCCAUGAAGUGGCACCCGGACAAGAACCCCAGCAACAAGAAGGAGGCCGAGGCCAAGUUUAAGCAGAUCUCAGAGGCCUACGAGGUGCUGAGUGAUUCCCAGAAACGGGCAGUCUAUGACCAGUACGGGGAAGAGGGGCUCAAGGGGCAGGUGCCACCUCCUGGAGCAGGUGGUCCCAGUGGUCCUUACUACUAUGGCGGGGACACGUCGACAUUCCGGUUCAAUCCUCGCAGUGCAGAUGAUAUUUUUGCCGAGUUCUUUGGGUUCUCGAGCCCAUUCUCAAGCAUGGGUGGUAUGGGCGGAGGUGUUGAUAGGGGCAUGCGGGGCUCAAGGUUUGGGAUGUUUGGCGAUGACAUAUUUGGGUCCUUCUCUCAGUUCCCUGGCGAGGCAUCAAUGCACGUUCCACAACGGCCCCAGAAGGCUGCACCAAUUGAGAAUCAACUGCCAUGCAACCUUGCCGACCUGUACAAAGGUACCACAAAGAAGAUGAAGAUUUCACGGGAGAUAUUAGAUGCUGGCGGGAGAACUAUGGUUGCUGAGGAGAUCCUAACAAUUGACAUAAAACCUGGAUGGAAGAAAGGGACAAAAAUAACAUUCCCUGAAAAGGGCAAUGAGGCUCCGCAUGUAAUUCCCGCAGAUAUUGUAUUUGUAAUUGAUGAGAAGCCACAUGAUCUAUUCACAAGAGAGGGGAAUGAUCUGGUCAUGACUCAGAAGAUUUCCUUGGCCGAAGCCUUGACCGAAUGUACUGUCCAUGUAACAACAUUAGAUGGUCGGAACUUGACAAUACCGAUAAACAAUGUCAUCUCCCCUGGCUUUGAGGAGGUUGUUCCCCGAGAGGGUAUGCCAAUCCCCAAGGAUCCUUCCAAGAAGGGGAGUCUUAGGAUCAAAUUCAGAAUCAAAUUCCCCUCGAGGUUGACCUCGGAGCAGAAAGUGGAAAUCAAGAGGCUACUAGGUUCCUGAAGAGCAGACUACAUCAUCAGACUGGCAGGUUGUUUUGGCGAUGCAGGUGAGUCAUUUCCUGAAGAGGCUACUAGGUUCCUGAAGAGCAGACUACAUCAUCAGACUGCCGGCAUGAUGUUUUGAGCUUGAAAGUUGAAAUGUUCAUUUUUGGCAGAAUAAUUCCACGAAAAUAGAUAUUUCUGUGUGAUCCUGUUGUGAUGAUGUGCAUCAUGCACCUAGCAAAUUCUAGACUUUGUUUCACGUAGGCCUAUGUGCUUUGUUUUAGGUUGACUUUGAUACUGGGCUUCAUAGAACAAAUAUUUGCGAAUA